ACAGCGCGGUUUGAGGUUGCACAUUCGGUCCGUCAUUCAUUAUUCCAGAAACAAAAUCAACAACACGCGAUUCAACCAACAUAGCACCCUCUUUGUCACUUUUCUGGAUGUCAUCAUUCGCUUCGUGUUCGAUCGUAACGGGAACUAGAGUCACAGAAGGCUUGUUUUUCCGUCCAGCUUUAACCCACCGUCUCUGCUCUUCCUGAAACAGCGUCUCAUUUCCACCAUCAAAAGCAUUCACUCACUCUUCGCAAGCACACGGGGAAACAAAGAAACGCAAUUUUCUUGCUCGCUGCAAUCCUGCUGCACCAAAAUUAUUGAAAAUAUCAUUUUUCGUUCCAAACAAGCAAUUAUCCUGAAGUACAAAAUUCUAGUUAAAUUAUACUAAGUUAAGGUGUUUUUAAAAUUGGCACACUAGACAUAAACUGGUACCGAAAGGGUAAAAAUAACAUUUACGAUCGGGACGCGUGUUAGUUAAAAAUCGAAAACAAGCGAAACUAUGGAGGUUAUCAACGAAGACCAGAAGAAUGGUGAAAACACUUCGGCUAAGAAACUCGAGGACGGCAAAGUCACCACGGAAAUAACAGAGCUGUUGUGCUUCGACGUGCCGAAGAAAGAUGAGAAAUUGGUGGCGAAUCUGCGUCAGCAGAUCCCGGAUAUCGAUAACAUCUUUACCAUUCAUCGGAAGAUCGGCCAUGGCACGUUCAGUUCGGUAUUUCUGGGCUCGCUGAAACUGCACGAGCGAGUUCCUGCGGAACGGAAGAAGCUGUUUGCCAUCAAACAUGUUGUUCCCACUAGUCAUCCGAGCCGCAUCGAACGGGAACUGCGAUGCAUGAUGCAGAUUGGGGGUACCAGCAAUGUGGUUGGCGUCGACUUGUGUCUUCGGCGUCAGGAAUCGGUGGCAUUCGUGAUGCCUUACAUUGCGCACGAUCCAUUCCAUCAAUAUUACGACAAAAUGAGCCCAGCGGAGACGCAGAUGUACAUGCGUAAUCUAUUGAUAGCCUUGAAGCGUGUGCAUGAAUUCCACGUAAUCCAUCGAGAUGUGAAGCCAAGCAAUUUCCUAUACAACCGUAAGCAACAGAAAUUCCUGCUGGUGGACUUUGGCUUGGCGCAGGAUAUCAGCAACAGAAAGGCAAUCGAGGAAGUAGGAACGAUCUCCGCUCAAACGGUUUCUAAGGAGGACAAGACUGCUAAAAGAAGGCUUUCGAGUGCUACUGGAGGCGAGGGAGUUGAUGGAAGUGAUGAUCUGGUACAGACGCAGAAGAAAUUUAAACCUGCUGAUGACAACCUGGAAAAUAGUACAACGCCAGCCUCUGCUGAUCAAGAGGAACAGAGCACACAACAUCCUCAUCCGAUUUUCAAAACACCUUUAAAGCAAUCUAAUCAAAUUAUCUCGCCAUUGAAACUCUCGAAUAUCACUAAGGAUCUGUACGGCUCACCGCUCGUACGACAAAUCAAAUCGACUGUGCUCGAUAUGAGCACUAACAUGAAAGCUGCCCAACGUCAACAGCAGCAAUCACGUGGAAUGGUAAAUAGUCCAUCCACUGUUACGCCAAUCCCUCCGAAAACGGCAACUGGUAGUACAAAAACGCGCCAAUAUAAUAAUACAUCAUCAACGGCUGGUUCCGUAACUAGAUCAGAAACCAUUUGUGAGUGUUUUGCCAAAAGUCAAGUAUGUAAUAUUUGUCUGGUGAAGAAAGAGAUGCAAGCGUCCCGUGCUGGCACCCCGGGCUAUCGGCCACCAGAGGUACUGCUUAAGUAUGCUGACCAAACCACUGUCGUCGACAUCUGGGCCAGUGGAGUGAUGUUUUUAAGCAUUCUUUCACGAUGUUACCCAUUUUUCAAAAAUUCGGAUGAUUUCCACUCGCUGGCCGAGAUUAUCACCGUUUUCGGCGAUCAGCGCAUAAAAAAGACUGCGAUUCAACUCGGACGGCAUGUCAAGACUGCCCAGCGGAAGCAACCGCUGGAUUUGCGUAAGUUGUGCUUGCGUUUGCGGUUCCGCUUCCGACGCCUCCGAGCACGCCAGCAGCAGGAAGAGGAAUCAGCGAAUACGUUCGCUAACAGCUGCGACAAUUGUCAACAACGCCUAGAAGAAUGUCUCUGCGAGCACUCUGAAGCCAACAGAGAUUUUUCCGAGGAUGAAUACUCGGACAGCGCGUAUGAUUUACUCUACAAGCUGCUGGAGAUAAACCCACACAACCGCAUCUCGGCAGAGGAAGCUCUCAAUCAUCCCUACUUCCAAGAAUGUUUCUAAGAUACUCUAUUCACACAAAAUAAGUAUUAGAACCAGCGAUCUCCAGAGUAAAUGGAAAAUGCCAACAUUCUUAACGAGAGCGAAAGUAUAAUAUAGUUCAAGUAACAAAUGGAAUGCGUUUUUUUUCGAUGCUAGAAAAACGAGUAUAUCUUGUAGAUUAAAUUAGUCGAAAUCAUAAUUCUCCUAGAGAUUAUUUGAACAAAUCAGACAAACUCUUCCUUGCAAAGAGGUAAAUUCAGUUGUGGGUGUGUAAUUUGAUUAAUUUAUUGAAAUCGAACCGAAAUUAUUUAUUUGAGAUAAAAUAUGUCUAACCUGAAUAUGUACUAUGUGCAAAAGAAUGUCAGUGAGUAGUGUGAAUUAGAAUACUACUCAAUAAAACAAACCGUUAGCCUCUAAGAGAUCUAGGCUUUAAACCAAACGAGAAAAUAAACGUGGCAAACGUGAAAUUGCUGUCUGCAA